AUGUUUGCCCUCAUAGCAGCAUUUGCUGCGACUAGCUACAUAUUCUCUGUGCUGUUUUACUCUUUCUUCAUCGUAUGUGCAUUUGACAAGCCUAUCAUUCGACAGUUGUUUGCACAUUCGCUUAGAAAUUACCUAUUCAUUAUCGAAGUUACUUCCUCCAUGGUAACUGAAUUCUCGCUACAAAUCAUUUUUAUCAAUUUGGUGUGGAUAAAGAUUGUAGGAUUCUUGGGCGGAUUCAAUUACACUUUGGCUUGGUUGUUCUAUUUCGCUGAUAUCCUCAACUUUGGCGGCCUGGCUAUUCUGUUCUUUGAAAUGUUAAAGGAUAAAAGUGUCGCAGAUGAAGCGAUUCAAUCCUUGGACAACAACAGUAAGCCUAUGGCGAGUAUCAUCCGCUUGGAGGAUCUAAAGAAAUUGAUCAAUCCCGUCUGGACACCCGCUAACAUCAAGGUUCACUCCAAUAUUACUUACGCAACCAACGAGGAAAUCAGAGAGGCAUUGGACACAACCAACCAAGACUUUGACCAGCCACGAAAGAUGAUGCUGGAUAUCUUUUCUCAAGAGUCACCAUCUGUUAAUGGCGCUGGAUUAAGACCUGUUUUGGUUCAUAUUCAUGGCGGAGCAUGGAGAAUGGGUUCAAAGGAUACAUUCUAUCCAUUCCAGAAAGUGAUGAUUGCAGAGAACAAUUGGAUUACUGUAAACAUAGGAUACCGUUUAGCUCCCAAGAAUGCUUAUCCUAUUCAUUUGAUGGAUGUAAAACGUGCUAUCCGUUGGUUAAAGCAGAAUAUUGCUUCGUUUGGUGGUGAUCCCAAUUUCAUUGUAUUGUCAGGGGAUUCUGCUGGUGCUCAUUUAGCUUCCAUGGCAUCCAUGACAGUCAACAAUCCUCAGUUCCAACCUGGAUUCGAGGAUGUCGAUACCUCUGUCCAUGGCGUUGUGUGUCUCAGUGGCGCAUUGGAUCAGAUCAAUGAACCUCACAAUGCUGUGUUCUUUUGCAAGAAAGUAGCCAAUAUGGACAAAGUAGACAUGGACUUUUUAAAUCAACAUUCACCUUUGGCGUUGGUACCUAAAACAAAGAAUCCAGUGCCAUUCUUGUUGGUUGCUGGUGAAAGAGAUAGUUUGACUGAAAGCAAAAUAUCCAAGGCAAUGAAGGUUGCUUUUGACAAAGCCACUGCUCCCAAUUCCACAUGUACACUUGUUUUAUUGCCUGCUGGUCACCAUGUAAGCUACAUUAGUUGGUCCCCUCGUUCCCUGUAUGUGUCUCGUGUCAUUCAAACAUGGUGUACUCAGUUGUACAAUAAGAAUAAAUAG